GUCAACCGCGAGGAGUCACCAUGGAGCUGGAGUCGAGGUAUUACCCUGGCUUGCCCGCGUCGAGUCGUUGCUGCUCGUUUGGUAUUUAUAGUUAAUGAUACUGACGACAUCGUCAGGAUGGACAAGAGACGGUCCGUUGAUGGGAGCCUGCUUGAGCAGGCUCUGCCCAUUCCCAUCCAGCUCUACCUCUGGCGUCAGAUGAGACCUUUCACGAGGGCCAAGCUUGGCAAACUCCACGAGGCGUCGUGCAUGUUUUGUCAACGGGCUCCUGGUCAUCACGAAAUGAAAGAGGCUAGCACUUCAUUCGAGAAGGUGCUCGUCCAGAGUCUUCACAACGAGCUGACGCCCUCCUUAACCGAGAUUCUGAGCAAUGUCCCACGGUGGCGAUUGAUCCAGACAGCCCUUCCCUAUGUUCUCCAUUCGGCGGCCAAUCUUCUGCACAACAGAAAGGAUGUGCAGAAUAUUGGACCGAUGGAGACAACUCUGCUCUACAUUCUACAUUGGUUUCUACUUGACGCUGCUGAGGAGUGCGCCGAGAAUGAUUCCGACAUGGGAACUCAUAAUAAUCCAUUCUACUAUUUUUAUUCUGUACCUACCAUCACGCUCUUUGUAUACCUUUUCGCACCACUCAGCAAUCACCUCAAGGACAUCGACUUCAAGACAAAUCUGCGACUGGAGAAUGGCGUCAAGAUUUGGCAGCCGAUGAGUGAAUACAGACACCCCGAGAGUUCGUGUUUCACUGCUCACUGCAGACCUAAGCCAAGAUCCAUCUGGUGGAACUCCUCGAGGACGGGCAGACAGCAGGCGCCAAGCGAUGUCUUCGUAGGAAUCCGGAAGCAGAAGAGCGAGGACUUCCGGGAGACUGACAGCCCGCCGAGUCAGACAGUCAGCAUAUGUUUUUCAGAACAAAAUGUACCAUCUUCUGCGAAAGGAGAGGAGGAGAGCAACUGGGUGUCCUCACCAAAAGACACGGUCUUUCCUGAGACAAUACCGGAGGAGAGCUCCAGCACUGAGGACGAGCAUGUGGUUAUAUUCAGGCUCCCGUCCCUCACCGAGUCCGAAAAGGCUAUGGACGGGGUUAAAGAAGUUUUUACGAUAUUCUCGGAGGGCGCCAGCAUUUUCCACGUAGCCAUGGGCAGAUCGAGUAGUUCUUCAAAAUCAACUGUUACGAUUGAGCAAAUAACGACCGGCUCCGGAGGAGAUAAUAAGUCGGAUGGGAAAACAACAUUGAAACUUGGGCUGCACGACAAACCGAAAGAAGAUAAAGAGGACAAAGACCGCGAUUCGGCCCCAGACAGCUCCAAAUCCAGAAGCGUACCCUCAGGCCCCCAAGAGCCAUCACCCCCAGAGGCCCCAAUUCAGUCGCGGAGUCGGGGUCCAGCAGCCGACGUCCGCGCCGCUACAUUCCUCGAUGUAGCAGUGAUGAGAUGUCUCUUCGUGUCCCAGUGGCAGGAGGAAGGAAUCUACUGGGCCCUGCAGUUCCUCUACCAGCGGCUGAGACAGAUCAACGAAGAGUGCUCCCACCAGCAAAUGCCGAGGAGACGAAGCAACUCCCUCCCCAUCCCCAAGAUCGAGGUUUCCAUUUAUCAGAGUCCAGAGAGCAAGAAGAGGGAGGAGAUGAAGGGAUUCAUUGAGAUUCCCGACGGCAGGGAGCCGUCGACCAUGUCUGAUCUAGCCACAAUCGCCGAUCUUCCGUACACCGCCACCAAGUCCCAGGAGGGGGAGGGCAGCCACGUGAGAAGGGCCAGUGAGAAGACCAAGAAGAGGAUGAAGAUGGCUGAUCUCAAGGCGUUUGUCGAGACGAAAUUGCUCUCCAAGUCGGAGAAGGCGUUGGAGAAGAUUGGCCAAGACGAGCCUAAGGAUUUAAUCGAUCAGCAACACGAGUCUCACAGAAGUCUUGACACCGGCGACGAUCACCUGGCGAGACAGGCAUCAACCUCGUCCAGGAUUUUUGACGAGCGUGACGUAGAUCGCAUGCAGUAUCCGUCGAACUUGAUCAAGGGAAAGAGCAUGCCAAGCCUUAGCUGCUUGAUUAACGAACUCGCCGCGGGUGGUUACAUCGGUGAUACCAAAGUUGAGAGGAAGCAGGGAAGAUUUUAUAGUCAAUCAUGUACAGCACAAAAUCCUAUAAUCACUGUGACUGAGCACACACCAACCCCUUCACCAGAUUAUUUGAAACGUCAGGGGUCAAUAGACAGUCAAUUGGAUGCAAUAAGCAUCCACGGUAGUAGAUUAAGUUCCGAGAGGAAGCCAAGUCUGACGAGAUCCCAGACUGACUCAAACAUCACCUACACUGGCGACGAAAUCCCGGAAGCGCCAGGAUCCGCGUGUUACAUCACGAAAACAGGAGACAUCGAUCUUCAGGUGCUGCUGAAGGCUGUCCAUUCAGUCUCCCUGCGGGACACCACGUGCUGCACCCUUAGGGUCUGCGAGAGCAUUCUGAACCUCAUUGAGCUCUUGAUAGAGAUGGGUGUCCUGAAGGCCUGCAUCAGGGACGAAACUGGGAGCAAUGCGGGCUCGGCCAACGACGAGAAGGCAGAAACAGCCAGCAGAAAAUACGAUUCACCAGUGAAUGAGCAAGACCCUCGGAAUGAUCUCGAGGGGCGCAACUGGAAUUCCCAUGCACUGAUGAUGAAUGCUGUUCUCAGGGUGAUCAAGCACCUGGGGUGUACCCAUGGCUGCGCCGAUGGGAUUCGCGGGCCUCAGGCCGAUUUCUACAGGUCUCAGGCCCAGACCAUCCUCACUAAGUUGAAUUGCGCCAGCUCGAGGCUGUUCUCGAGAUGGCUGCGCAAUAUGGUGCGCGAACAGCCGAUCACAGAGAUCCUGGAGGUUUUCCAUGCCUAUGUGGGCUUCUGUGUUGAUCCAAGUUCGUUAUUAUCACCGCUUAAUCUUAAACGAAAUGCCAAUAAGUCCCCCGAGGUGCAGCCACAGGCUGGUUAUGCCACGAAUUUCGGCGCUGGUUUGGGCGCUGGGACACCCCUGGGAGUCCCAUCGGCGUCGGUAGCAGCAACGGCCUCGGCGUUAGCUUCGGCCACUGCUGCGUCAGCAACUGCCUCCUAUGGAGGCGUAGGUUACUCAUCGAGAAGUAUAGAGAAUAAAAUUUUAGGAUGUAUAUUCAAAACAUUAGUGACACGUUUCGUCACAAACUCGAAGGAACUCAAAACCCAGGAAAAUAUUUCUAUUUACUGCGAUAUAAAGCAGUUUGUGACGUAUGUCAAAGAGAUGCAUGGCGGGGUGUUUCGUCGGGUAGCGCUGAGUGGCAUUCUAGAUGCGUCAGACAGGCCUAACAAAAGGUGCAAUAGUAACAUAAGGACUACAAGGGUAAUUAGACACAUUCAUCAAUCGGAUUAUGAUGACAACGCUGAUUUGGCGGGGGAGGCCUGUUAUGCGGAUGACAGGGGAGCAAGAAAGUUCCUCUUCAAGAAACGUAGCACUUCGUCCACCUGCGCGCAAUCUGAUGCUUUCGGAUUGCAGAGUCUGCUGGAGACUGAGUUGAGCGAGGAGACUGUGAAGGCUAGUCAGAGUCCUCUCGGGAAUUUGAGGAAAAAGCAUCAUAUUCUGACGCCCAGACAGAGUGAACGGAAUUUGGGAAUUGGGGAGGCUUGCUUGGGGAGGUCAAAGAAAGCUACGAGAUUUCAAAUGGGGGGAAUAGUUAAUUGGUUUAGGAAAGAGUACGGUAGGACAGAUUCAACAGAUAGUCACGAAAGUAGCGAAUCACCUACGGAAGGAAGUUUUGGGAGACAGCCUAGUCUCCGUCGUGGGCAUUAUCGAGUCACUCGUCCAGGGCGAGGAGUCGGUCAAACGUUGCAAAGAGCUAAACGACGAAUGGAGGAUCAACUGGUGAAAAUUGGUCUCACAAAGAGGAGUAAGAAAGAGAAUAUGGAAGAGGUCCCUAGAAAUUAUUUUAGUAGAAGAAAUUCAAUGGAUCUCGGCGACUCCUGCCGCGAAUCCGAGUUUGUGGUUCUCAAAGAACGCCGUCUAGUUCCUAGAUCAGCUGUCUACGAGGGAAUGAGGAGAUUUUCAUUUUUACUGGAGACCUGUCAGCCCGGCGCUGUCCCAGAUCACCACUUGAUAGCAGCUGUACUUGAUCUUCCGUACGCCCCGGUGGUGUCGCGAGCUUCCUUACUCCUAGAGUGUGCACACCUUGUGCACCAGUGCAACAAGGGCCACUGGCCGACUUGGAUGAAGAUAAAUCUUCCGGUUUUCAGGCCCUCGGUUCCGAUGAGCAGUAGAAAUGUACCGACUGGGGUCAGACGGACUCAUAUACUUCAGCGGGCAGCUGGCAAACUUUUUUAUCAAUGGGCUGAGGCAAUUAGUGCGAGGCUAGAGGAAUUUCUGAAUGAGGAUAAACAAAAUGUGGAGCAAGUCAUUGCCAUGAUGUCGGACGAGACGAAGCAGAGGGAGCUGGUGGUAGAGGAUGAAGAGGAAGAUUUUUUAGAUGAAGCAAGCAUAAACACCUACGGAUCCCAGUGUCCCGUCGCCCUCCGAAUGGUCGCCUGCAUUCUCCUCCUGGAGAUAACGGCAUUUCUCCGCGAAACCUACCAAACCCUGCCAAAAUCCAGUCGUCUCUCCACGAAGGAUCGUCCACCACCCUGGGAGAGGAUGUACUCCCGUGACGCUAAUCGUCGCUGGAGCAUGGCCCUGUCAUCGAUGGGACACUCACAGACAUCAGCUCAGAGUCUUCAAUCGAUCGCCGGCGAUCGUGAGACUGAACGAAAGAUCAGCUUUGUGCUUCAUGAGCCUGACAACGAGUCCGAGGGUAGCAGCAAGUCAACGGUGACAAUACAGGGGGAGGAGGCUUUCGAUCGGGACAAGAAGAAAGUACAGCAACAGACAGCCAGGCCAUUUCUACUGAGACGUGGAACAGCUGGAAAUACAGGAUCAUUCAAAAGACGUAGUUUAAAGUUACGUCGGGGUACUAAGGAAGGCAAAGAUAUGGAGUGUGAAGCUUAUGCUGUGAGACGCGCCGAUUCCAUCCAGUCGAAGCGAAAAGUCAGUUCGCUGUCGGAUCGCAGUGACACCUCCGAGCCGGGGUACUGCGGCGAAGUAAGUGGUGAAGAGUCACCUGGCAUUCUCAGUGAUGAUCAGCCACCGGAGAGCCCAAGUGACUCCAACGACACAGACGAGACCAACAAGAACUUUCCCUGGAUGAGGGUGCUCGCGCAGACAGCAGGCUCUUUCAACUUCUACUGCUCACACCAGAACUUCUGUCAUCCUUACUGCCAUCGCAGGCAGAUCAGGGCCUGCGGGAGGCUCAUCAAGUCUGUGAGAAAGGUUUACGGCGAAGAGUUUGGGGUUAUCAAUGGAACGAGUACCUUUGACUUCGAUGCGGAUAAGAAGGACGAUGGGAAGAAGGAUAAGAGAGGGCGGAAGGUGUCUGAUCAGACUAGUGCGCAGGUUUCACCGGUUCGGAGAAAAGACAGCGUCGGAAGGAAGUUCAAAAUCGACAAAAGUCUGGAGGGCUCGCAGUCGGGUCGCCUCACAGGUGGCAAUCGAGACUCCUCGAAGGACCUGGAUCAGGACUCGGACCGGGGCCGAGACUCCUUCAAGAAAUUCUCCUCGGAAGACGACGACGAUUCGAACCACGAGCCCCCGGCCAUCCUCAAAUACAUAACGAAGCAGGUGAAAACUGCAUUUCAUGCCCCCCUGGCGACCCUCGUCAAAGGUGCUGUGGUCAUGCCUGACGAUCUCUUCGCGGAGGUCCUCCCAGUCGCCUGGGAGCUUCUCCUAGAGCCCAACCAGGAAGUGGCGGCCUCCGCGGCGUCCCUAUUUAUAGUCUCCGCAGUGCGCGCCCCAAACCAAGCUAGCGAGAUAAUGCACCAGGGUCUCCAGCACACAUCCCCGGCCAUCCGCAUCAACGCAAUCCUCCGAUUCCAAGUCCUCUGGAAGCUCAGGUAUCAGGUCUGGCCGAGAAUGGAAGAAAUGGCGCACCUGACCUUCAAAGUUCCACCCCCGGGCAUCGAGUUCACCCUUCCCUCCCCGAAAAUCGGAAUAGAGUCCCUCCCAGUGGUCGACCCACCCUGGAUGCCCCAGGGUAAAACCAAAGUCGAAGAAGUGACGAUAAACCAAGAGCGUCACAGAUCCGUCGUAACGGCGACCAAAACCCGGAAGAAGCAGCAGACUGAGGCGAUAAAGAAGGCCCUUCAAGAGCAGGACGAUAAGAAGCGCGAGGAGCGAGAGAGCUUUCUCAUAACAACAAUUCCUAUAACCGUGCAGGCGGCUUAUGAGCCCAGUCCCGUCGGAGAUGAUCACGAGGAUGUGGACGACGAGGCGGGGGAGGCUGUCCCCCGCAACACGUCUCAUCACAGUCAGUCGGCUUUGUCCCUGUUUCCUUCGUCUUUGUGCUCCGCCAUUGUCCAGAUAAUCAAUCUUCUCGACGAUGCUGCUGUCUCGGACGAUGGAAAUGCUGUUUAUGAAGUGGCUUAUCAAGUGAUAUGGAGCUGUCUCGUUGAGGACAGCGCACUCUUCCUGCGCUAUGUUCUCGAGAGACUCACCAGGGAUAAGCAGGAAUUGAUGUUCAAGAUCCUGAGACAUCUGAUAAGAUUUGUCCCCAAAUUGCCGCAGCAAGCGGCCUUCGCUCUUUACAAUUACAUCAUCGGUUAUGUGAUGUUCUAUGUGAGAUCGCCGCAUGAAGAGGGACAGAAACUCAUCGGAACGGCGUUGUCCAUUCUCUGGAUGGUAGUGCACAGUGUUCACGGGAUUAUGUUUAAGGAUUUGAAGCAGAUUCUGAGGAAGGAGCAGUGCGAUGCGUCCAUCUUACUGACGGCUAAUGUUCCGUCAGCGAAGAAGAUCAUUGUGCAUGGGCCACAGGAUCCCGAUGCUGGGGGCAUUCCAUCGCAGUUUCCUGUGCAAGAGGACACGCAGUUCUGUCAGAUUCUCAGGGAGAGCCUGGAUUUCUUCGGGAUCGAGGAGCAGAAGCAUAAGGAGUACUUUCUUGUUGAUUAUAAAACACAUCAAAUUCAUAAUCCUUCAUCCUACGUACGCGAUUACUAUUUUUUCAAGAGAUCACAGUAUCCACAACUCGAGCUUGUCCAUAUGAAACCAGAAGAUGCCUUCAAUGCCCUACAGAGGCAGGAGUUAGUUCACAAAUUCGUUGAAAUUGGAAAAACAUUGCUUACGUGGGCUAUUUUAAAAAAUGUCGAUAUGGUAGUUCAGAGAGUCGUAUUUUUGCACGAGGAACUUAUGAAGUUACCAUCCUUCCCGAGAAAAGCACUCGAGGCAGAUCUUGAUUUAUACAAGGGUGGUGAAAUUGGAAGGGAAUUACUGGGAUUGGAUGUAAUGCACAAAUUCAUGUGGGUACGUCUGAUCGCCCGAAUGUUCGAGGCAAUGGCCGGUAAUUUUGCCUAUUCAGGUGAUAUUCAUCUAUUCCUCAAUGUAUUGAAUGGAGCCCUCGUGCUACACAGCGAAGACUCAUGUAUCCUUCGUUACGUUGUAGCGACGUACAUCAACGCAGCGCACAAUUUCAAAAACAUAUUUUCAACGAACGGUUAUUUACUGAUAAUGCCAUCGCUAUUGCAAUUAUACGCAACACAUCAAACGAAUAAACUUGUUACUACUACCGUAGAGUAUGCUGUUAAGCAGUUUUACAUGAUGAAUCGUAAGCCAUUUAUUCUACAGAUGUUUGGGAGUGUCUCCACUAUUUUGGAUACUGACGAGACGAGCACUCACGGAGAGGCCCACAAGGUACCCUCGACGUGUCUCUUCAACUUGUUAUUGAGUUUAGAAACUCCAUCACCGGAUCCCCUCAACAUUGGUGAACUUGUGAAAGAAGAAAAACCCCUGAAAGCUAUUGAUUUUUGUUACCACGACGAGAACGAGAUGGUCACUGUACUGGACUGCAUAUCCCUCUGCGUCAUGGUGAUAGCGUAUGCAGCUGAUUCCACAAGGGGUCAGCAGAUGUUGAUAAUUUUGGAAGCAAUAUUGCCGUGCUAUGUUCAGCAAAUUCAGUCGCCCACGUACAAUCGUGAAGGAAAGACGGAGAAGGAGAUAAUAAAUCAGUUGGCAAUAGCUGUUCGAACACUCGUGAAUAAUUCCGAAACCCUGACCAAGUACUACAAUGGCCCGCAGAAGUCGAGUCCUGAGCACAAAGGAUCAAGCCAGCGGAACUACGGGAAGGGUCCGUACUCCCCGGGUUUCGACUUCGAGGAGGAGACGCACACGACGAAGUACCUGGAGCACACGAAGGCCAGGAACCUCUACGACCGAGACAGCGAGGACUCUGAGACGUCUCACAAGAACGAAUUCCGAAGGCCUCGGGACACCCUCCUCAACAUGGUGGGAGAGUUCGUGGCGAGGUGUUCGGUGCGACUGGUGGAGCUGAACAAGAAGUCCCAAGACGGCAAGACGAUAGAGCUGCUGGACUCCAAGUGCCACGUGAGACUAGCGGACAUAGCGCACAGUCUCCUCAAGAUCUCCCCCUACGACCCAGACACGAUGGGCUGCAGGGGUCUGCGCAGGUACAUGAACGAUCUUCUGCCGUCGACGGAGUGGUCCAACGACGACAUGAGGCCAGCUCUCACGGUGAUCUUGCGAAGGCUGGACAAGACCUUCAGCAAGAUCUACAAGAAAGCUUCUGUGAGAAGGAACACAGACUGGGAGGCGGCAAGCGAUCUGCUUAAGGGUGUCUACGAGACGCUCUCGAAGUACCCUUACAUCGCGCACUUUCAGUAUCUGAAGACUCUUCUGUCGACCUGCCAGGCCCUCAUCGUCGGCGACAUGGGACAGGUGGAAGUGACGUCUGCCGCGACUGCAGCACUUAUGAGCAAGAUUCCUCCGCAACACUUCUGCUCAACUGUCCUACGACUGAUCGCUCUUCACGUCAUCUCUUUGGGUGAGGGCUACACCUUGGAGAACGUCUGCGGUGGCAACUCAAUGUUCGCUUCGCAGAUUAGAACUGAGAAUGUGCUGUUGAAUCUUCUGAUACCUCUCUUCCUGCGCGUGGGAACUGGGCGGAAAGAUGUGUCGAAACUGAGGCAGGCUGAUCUGAAAUUCGCUCUCGUCGCUGUUCUCAAUACUCUGUGGCCUACCAGCACGAAAAUAGCACCCCUCACCGCCCAGAAUUUGAAAGCAACUGCUGACCUGCGAGCUGGCAGCUUGACGUUCACAGCAAGAGAUCCGAAGACUUCGACCAAGUUAUCGCUGUCGCUUUAUCGUGUGGCCUUUCUAGCCCUGAAGAUCAUGACCAUCUGCUUCGAGACGGAGAUGAGGACCGAGUGGACCAAGAUCUUGAGGACAAUGCGACAGUUGAAUAGGAGGAAUGAGGCCUCCAUUCAUCUGUGGAAUUUUCUGGAAUUCGUAGUGACCCACAGAACAGCUCUCUACAUCCAGAUGCUGCCGUUCAUCGUCCAUAAGAUAGGACAGCCACCGAUUUCCGAGCAUGAACGGAAUAUGCAGAGCUCCAUCAGGGCAAAGAUCAAUGGGGAGACCGUGGUGUUUCCCAAGUCACGUGGCACCCUGUUGGGGGAUUUGUUGCACGAGUUGAGGGAUUUGAAGGAGGAGAUUGAGGACAGGAAGUUCGAUGAGAUGCAGCCGGAACCGAAGAGAAGUGUUGUGGAUAUGCAUCCUAAUGCGCCGAGUACCAAUGAAGGACAGUCGAGGACGCAGAGGCCGUCACUGCUGAUUGAUCUAUUGACUGGGGAUCUCGGGUCGAGGGUGCACAUCAAUAGGACACCUGCGGAGACGCCGGGCUCACACUCGACGACUCUUCAGUCGCUGCCGCAAUCCGUUCAUCAUUCCGUCAAUUCGAGUAGUACUACCAAGUCUUCUGUGCAGAGUCACGCUUCGACGGGUGCGGGCAAUGGGGGGCCUGCUCCCAGAGGCUCGGUAUCCAGUGCCAGCUGUGGCUCCUCCACCAUAAAAGAGGGCGCUGAACUGUCAACCGGAGAAAAUCAAACUGAGCAGAGCGCAGUACCAGAUAGAUCCCAAUCAUCUUCUACUGCUAGUGAUGAACGUAACCAUGUUAAACAUCAUGUUAACUUACAACAUCAAAAGACCUCUAAACUGCGCUUUGUCUCUUCCGUAGAGUAUAGGCACAUUUCAGGAGAAAUUGUGACGAGUCAGCUGAGCCCCAACAGUCCGGCCGAGGACAGCUCCGGCGAGUCCCGAUUAGACAGACCUCGUUUGCAGCGUUCGAUGGGCCAAAGCAAGAGGACCUUUCGCUUGCGAAAAAGUCGAAGGAGUCAUAUUGAGGUGCCUCACCUGAAGCUAGAGCGUCAGGAGGGCUCGUCAUCCCCCAUCCCAGCGACAUCGCAGACCCCUCCAGCCUCGGCUAUCGAGUCCACCACGUUCAGCCUUCCCAUCGACACCUCAUCCUUCCGUUCACGGCGCAGUUGCUCAGUUCGUCUGGGCGAUGGUGACCACGUCUCCAGCCUGAGCCCAGUGGACCAACAGUACCUCCAUCAUCAUCAACAGACCCACCACUACCUCCAUCCUCAAUCAGACGUCUCCUGGGACGACGACACAUCAAGCACAUCAGGCUACCGCGAGUCUUACAGCAUGCAGCUGGUGUCACUCGAGGGUAACAACAAAUCGUCAGCGCCACCACUCGCCUCACCCGAUCUCAAUGACAUACCAUCGACAAGCAGUACAGCAACUAACUACAUGGGCUUCGAUGGCAGCUCACCCGAUUGUUCAUUGAACGGCAGUGGUGGAGAGAAAACAACACUGUUGAAUUCAAGCCAGAGAACAGUAUCACAACACUCACUUAUCAUGGUAUUUCAGGGGCAGGACGAGGACACACUGAUCUAACGAAUCGCUGUAGUAACAGUGUGGCGGACAAAUCAUCGAAUUGUAUCAGUGAAUUUUACAUCUGAAGAAUUUAAACACGAUGAGUAUUUAUACGAUAAUGUUUCACUAAUAGUUGGUAGUAUGCGAAUUCGGGACCGACAGAGGCCUAAACAUUUGUACGACGUGAUUGUGUAAAGGUAAUAAUGUAAGAACACGUUUUAGAUAAAGAGUUAUCAUCAGUU